GUGCUUUUGCUGCCGUCCUCGGGAAUAUCCGUUUUCUGCCGAGUUAGCUUUUCUGUAUCUCCAGAGUCCAGACCAGAUUCUCCCAUUGCUACCUGUUCUCCUUCUCUCAAAUUCCGCCCUGACAUGGCGUCUGUGGAUGAAGUGCAUAUGUACUAAAAGUUGCAGUUUUAUCCGUUUUCGUCUGCAGCUCUUACGUGCGCGAGUAUUUGUAGGUCGCUUUAAGAAGGUCCAUAUUUUCUCGGAUUUCGUCUUACGCUAGUUCUCAUUCUCGACCUCUGGUUUCGCAACUUUUAUUACGCUAGUCCGUGCAUCUUCUCGGCCGAAAAAUGGCUGGUUUACCCGAAGACGUCGCCGCGUCGAGCAGCUUUAUUCCGCCGAAAGCUCCUAUCCCCGCAGAAAUGAACAGCAGCGGCAGCAGCAGCAGCAAGAACGCCGAAACAGAGGCCGAUUCCAUGACCAAGCCGCUCGUCUCUCGCCGCGACGACGACGAAGAUAACGAUGAGGAAACCGGCGGGUUGAAUCGAGGAAACUCAGGCCAUUCGGGAAGUUCAGGAUUCUCUGGAAGGUCAGGCAUGGCGAAAUUCUCCGAAGAAAGCGGCGAAAGCGGCGGCCGUCUUGGCGCCAGCAGCCAUCUGAAUCUGGACGCCUCCGCGUCCGUGUUCAACGAAUCCGAGCGUCCCAUUCGCGAGCCGAUUUGGGUCGGCGCUUUCAUAAUCUGCGCAGCGGUUUUCAUCCUAAGGGAGUUCACCUGGUUCAUCCGACCGUUGCUGUCGCUCCGCUCUUUCGCGCUCCAUUUCUUCUCCCUGGAGUCGCUCGCGGCGCUAGCGAUCGCCAUGGCGUCGAUCUUCCCGACGAUGUUCGUCUUUCUCGUCUUCGUUAGAAGGAUGUCCGUUAAGCUCGUCAAGUGGUGCCUCAGAAUAGCCGUCGCGUUCUUCAUCAUUCACAGCCUCAUGGCGCUUCACACGCGGCAUCCGCCGCCGGAUUCCCCGCCGUCUCCCGCGGUGGCUGAUGCUCCCCCGCAGCCUACGCAGACCUCAUUUUCCGGAAUUUCCGGGACCUUACCCGCAUCCACGUCAGCAGCUAGCAGCUCCGGCCAAUCCGCUGCGAGUAUCUUGCAAUCUGCGGCUCCUUUCUCCAUGUCGCGUUUCCUGCUUGCCACGUCAGCAGCAGAGGGAUCUCACAUCCACGCUGUCACUGCCAAGGCAGCUGGACAUCUUGCUGCUUACCUCAGCAGGCGAAAGCUCCAGGAAGCUACAGUAGCAACGCCAGCGGAAAAUCCGAAUCCGCCAGUGCCGCAAGGAGGGGAUCCUAAUGCCAAUUCGGUACUCGGUCUCGAAAUGUUCCUAACAGACUUACUUAAUGGUUUGGCCGUGCUUGCAGUGCUGCUGGUCUGCAGAGAUUACCACCCUCUUUCGGCCACUGUGAUUGGCCGAGCGUCCCAGGCUGUGAUGACUCGAGCCCGGGGUCUCAUUGUCGGGGUUGCGAUCUUCUCUUUCCUCUGCAUCAUCCUGUUUGUACCCGUUAUAGCCAGCCUCGUGGAGCUGUUUUUUACCUGCAGAUUCCUCGCCCAGCAGGACCCACAAUUCGGAUCUCCCGAGUCGCCCUUUCACCCGCAGGAGGAGAGGUGCCUCUUAUGGAGUGACUCUAUAUCGGUUCAGCACUGGCUCUCUCCACUCGCUGUAAUCUUCCUCUUUAUAGGCAUCUGGAUGGCGUAUCAAAUCGGCGUGACUCUUCAGUUCAUCGCUGCAGCUACAGUAGCGCAGGUCUACAGUAACAUGCAGUCAACCGAGUCAGACCCCAGCAACAGCAACAGCAACAGCAACAGCAGCAGCAACAGCAGUGGGGGAAGUUUGCAGGAAGAAGCAGGAGGGUGGUUUGAUCGGGAUGCUCUGGUUGAUCGAUGGAACAUUGUGGCUAGAGCUGUCAAGCUGGCGUAUUCCUCCUCUAUGGGAACCAUCUGCCUUGUCAGUUUCAUUCUCACCCUCGCUACUGUGGCAUCCGUCCUGCUUAAUGUCCUGGUGAUUUCUCUCCUGGGGAUGACGACGAUCGUGGUGGUGCCACGUGUCGCCAUCGCAUUCGCUCUCUUCAUCUUCACGUACUUCUUCACCUGGCUCGUGGUGGUGGUGGCUGCCAUCUCGGGCCACGGCUCUCGCCGUUCCCUGGCCCUGUCUGUCUCCCUGCUGCGCAACCACCUCAAGUCGGCCCUCGCCGUCAACCUCACUGCCAAGUGCAUCCUGGGGGUCAUCUCAACCGUCGCCACCUUUGUGCUCUUCAUCUUCUUCUCGAUUCUCAUGCUGCCUCUCUUCGGCCACCUUCUCAAGUCAGACACCAUCCAAGCUAUCUUCGUCUUCCUCCCAGUGGCUCUCGCCGUCCUCAUUACAGUCUUCUCCUUUAAGCUCGUCUUUGUGCCAGUCGUCGCCACCAUGUUUGUGUGCUUUGCGUGGGACAACCGCAUAGAGAUGGAUUCUGCCACUGGGGGUGUGGCUGGGGGUGCUGCUGCUCCCUUGUCGAUGACACGGCUUGGAGGGGAGUCCGAGGAGCUGACGGCCACAGUGGUGAACAGGGCCAGUGGUUAGGUGUUUGACAGGCCUCCACAUGUUUGUGAUCUUGGCAUGGGACAACCACAAAGAGAUGGAUUCAGCUGGGGGUGCUGCUGGGGGUGCUGUUGCUUCCCUGCCUGGAUCUCGGCCUGGAGGGGAUUCAGAGGAAAGAGGAAUUCACUGCAGCAGUGGCCAAUAGGAAUUGAUACAACUGCUGGCUAGAUGUGUAAUACUCCCAAACCUGCUGUCUGUGUGUGCCCGUCUUGGGUCACACCAGGGCUGUGCUUAGGCCCCCUACAGCUGAAAGCUUAUUCAGAAGUGGCGGUGUGGAAUGACAGACGGCCAUGUGGCGCACUUGGGUAGCAGUUCACUUGUUUUACCCAUCCAUUCAUGCGCUGCUUUCACCCAUACGGUACCAUGGAUUCUAUACCCUUCAUGAACGUUUCUGAUCCCUGAUUUUCCAUUGUUGAUUCGCACUCUUAUA